AUGGCGUGUACCUUCUCGCUUUUGGUCGGUGGAGAAUGCGGGGCUGAUCCAAAGUCAAAGACUGCGUCGCGUAAAAUCGUACCCUUGGUAUCAUGCUCAAAGAACAUAUCGAGCCACAAAAAACAGCUUCAAUUCAGUGGCUGCGAAACGGAAAUUGAGCUUAUUCUAGCCCGCAGUGGUUGUUUCCAAACGCCAGAAAAUAUCCACGACAUGACUAUCUGUCCGCUGCACCGCGUUAGUUUGGGUAUUGGGUGGCGAAGGUCUAAGCGGGUAUGCAGUGUUCCAGGCAAACUCUCUGGACACAGUGAAGAAUCCAAGAAAAAUGCCGAGCGGGGAUGUAGCUUGGCUCAGUCGAAGUACAUAUUGGAAGCCACUGGUGAAUUCAUUCCAGUUGGUUCAGGUAAAUAUAAUCCUUCUUCUUUUGUAAUACUUGCGGGAGUAAAACAUUUGGUUAUAACGUAUGACGUCAUACAACACAUCAAACAUAUCUCUCCCGUCGUUAAAAUGGUGAGUCAGUUCAGUUAGCUGGGCUGGCCCGUUUUAUUGGAAUGGCUCGGCUAAUACCUUGGUUCCCUUUAAAAUUUCCGUUUUGUUAAUAUAUGAAGCCGGACUGACCCACUUGCAGAAAUCUCUCCUCAGGCAACCAGUAUCUCGCCAGCCUGGUCUCUCAUAUAAACAUAGCAAAAAUUUUAUAAGGACACAGGGUAUAAGCCGAGCCAGCCGGAUAAAGCAGGCAAGCUGGGCUAAUCGGGCUGGCUCGCUUCACAUAAACAGGCCUUUAACCCUAUGUUCACACUAUGCAAGAUAUCUUUGUUCCGCCAAGAAAACCAAACCCGGGAUAGGGCUUUUGUUCACACUCAAGAACUGUGAUUUCGGCGCCAUUUCUGGAAAGGAGCCAAGCUGCGCCUUACCGAUUUCGAAGGGUAGCCUCGCAUAUAGUAUACGUAGCCGGCGGUUUUUUGAUGUGUGUUUUUUUUCUUCUUUUGUGGUUCGCAAAGUAAGAAUUACAGCCGAGCGAUACGCUGAACCAAGGUCGAAAAAGAAAACGAUGAGAGAGGGGCGUGUGUAAAAAUGAUAAAUGGCAUAGCAAGAAAUCAGAAAUGCAAGUGCGGGUGAGAAAAUAUGAAAAGAGUGGGUUAACAUUUUUGUAAUUUUUUAUAUUUUUUUAGCGAUUUGUACUAAGUGUCGAAAGAACCUGACGAAACAAACACAUACCCCUGAAAGCAGCCUGCCACAAUCAGAUUUUGACCAACUUACAGAGCAUCUAGGUGAGCUUACUCUGGUAAGUAUGACAUUCUAUAAUUUACGUCUACAAACUACAAAGAUCUUUCCUUGUAAUAUUAGAAACCGUACGCAGCUAGUUUGAAUCCAAUUUUGAGUACGUUCAAACUGUUUUAUGUUUGUACUGACAACAACGAAACUGGAAGAAGUGUUUUGGGGUCUUACUUCAGACUUUUUAAUUUUGUGAAAUUUUAGGCAGAAACUGCAGCAGCCCAAGUAAUUCAUGUUGAUGAAAGAAGAGAGAGUAUAUUCAUCCCAGAAUCGGAUUUGGAAGGUUCUGAUUUUGAGAACACACCGCAUAGAAGCCAAGUAGACACGGCAAAAGAGCCUUUAAAAAAGUUAAACGAUUUUUUAGCCUCUCGUGAUGUUAGCCCUGUUCGACAUAAGUUGUCCGUUCCAUGGGAAAGUGCUAACGAGCGCACAAAGAGAAGGUACAGCCGUAAAGCAAAACAAAGUGUUCAAGAGGUUCUUGAAGUAAUUGCUCCAGGACAAAGUGAUAAAUUAUUGACCACAUUAGGUGAAAGCUUACCAUCUGAGAGAACACAAGCCGAAGAAGAAAUUUUACAAGCCUUAGCAGAAAGCUAUUUAAACGCAACUCACUGGAGCACGAGAAGACAAAUUUUGUCCAUCUUGGCAGAUAAACUAUCGCUUAAGGAACUGACGCAUUACAUUCCCGGGGUGACGCCUUACAGAUUUAACAUCGCGCGGCAUCAUAGACUGUUACAUGGUAGAGGUGCGAUCGUACCUACUGAUAUCACUAGGCGUAUGAAGGUUGAUUUCGCCAAAGUUGAUCAUUUUCUCGACUUUAUUACAAGUUCCCAUAUUGUACAAGACAUGCCAUUUGGAGAAAAGAUGCUGAAACUUUCAACGGGGGAGGUGAUUAAAACACCUAAUGUCGUACGGAUGCUAAUACCAGAACGGAUAACACAACAGUAUUUUCAGUUUUGUACCGAGACCAAUUUCACUCCGAUGAGCAAGCGCACACAACUCCGAGUACUAGACGUUUGCUCUGCGUCAGUGCGCACCUCUCUGCAGGGCUUGGAUAACUUCUCUGCACAAGGCAGUAAGGCAAUAGAACAUCUUAGCGAGAUAGUAGACAAGAUAGCAGAUCAAGCAAAGUCACAAGCCUGGGCCAAGGAAAUGAAACAAACACUUCGGUCUGCCAAACAAUAUCUGCGGUCUGAUUACAAGGUAAGGCUAUCUUAAUAUUUGGUUAUUCUUUUAGUAGAUUAUUAACUUUGUACUUUGGCUGGAUUGAUGCUAAAUUUAAGCGAAUUGGUCAUAAACAUGAAAGUCAACUUUCUCUGGCUGCAUUGUACUAACUAGUAUUGAGGCUAAACCUCGAAACAUUGAUUAAGCGGAAGCUAUCUUCAAUUUGCGCCCUUUAAGCGGUUCGGACAAGCUUUAAUAAGUUUCAAACUUCUUUUACUACUUUUAAAAGAUUUUACCCUAAAGCAGCUGAUAUUAAUAACGAAAAAUCAUAGUAAAAAUUAUGAUGAUAGUGAUAACUAUGAUGAUGAUGACGAUAAUAAUCUUUCACAUUUUAGGUGCACGUUACAAUGGAAUCAGAAGUUGCAGAUCACUGUUUAACGUUUUCCCUAAGUGAUCCUAAAAAUAGUUGUUUUCAAGGAAAGUGCAACCAUAACCACGAUGAGGUCUGCUACGAAUGCAAUAAAUUAACCGGGGUGCUGUCUACCAUAAAAGAAGCGUGCGCAGAACUUCAGUCUGAAGAAGAAAGAGAUGACAGUAUCUGUUUAGUGGCUCAAGCUGAAAAGGACAUUUUGGCAUGGAAAGCUCACCAACUCCGAACAGUUAACCAGGAUCAAGCAAAACAUGACGUGUUAGAUGUCAUAUGUCGGAGUUCAGCAUUACUAGUUAUGGACUGGGCGAUGAAAUUCUUACCCCGAAAGUUUCGCGAAUCACAGUGUGACUGGUUCGCCAAACGUGGUAUUCCAUGGCACAUCACAGUGGCUUUUCCAAGAUCAGAAGCAAAUGCCCCGCUUGAGAAGCUCACUUUUGUCCACCUGUUUCAGAGUUGCCCUCAGGAUAGCGUUGCAGUAACCGCCAUUUUACAAGAUGUUAUCGAGAUGUUAAAGGAGCGUCGGCCACAACUGCAAAAAGUGUAUUGCAAACAGGACAACGCAGGAUGUUAUCAUUGUGGGUCAACCAUUGUAGGAAGCAGGUUGAACAGUCUUUCUGAUGUCAAGGUGGAGAGGUUCGACUUUUCAGAUCCACAAGGGGCAAGGGGAGAAGCCGACCGCCAGGCCGCAACAAUUAAAGGACAUAUCAAUGUGUACUUAAACGAGGGGCACGAUGUGAACAACGCUGCACAGAUGAAAGAAGCCAUUGAAUCAAAUGGCGGUAUUCCUGGCGUUAUUGUGAAGUAUGUGAAGCCUCCCGAACUAUCUGCUGGCAAAAACGUGAUCAAAUGGGACGAAAUUAGUACGCUUAAUAACUUCCAGUUUUGUCCAAAUGGUAUCACAACAUGGAAGGCUUAUAACAUCGGGCCCGGAAAGCUGGUAACAUGGAAGGACAUUCAAACCGAUGGUAUCUUUCCUGCUACACUUGAAGUUUUGGAGCCUCCUGAUACCCGCUCUCAGCAGUCAAGCUUUAGAAAAAUCAAUCCUAGAAAGGAAGUGCAGCAAAAAUCUUUGUCCGAACAACGGCUGAGUAGUCCUGACCAGCAAGAGACAGCAGGACAAGACAUGGAUGUAGAAAAAGAGAAAGAGGAAGUAAGCGGCCUUUUUACCUGCCCAGAAGAUGGGUGUAUUCAGACAUUCCAGCGGUCCUCAAGUUUGCAAGCACAUUUAGACGAAGGAAAGCACAAGCGCGCGCUAGAAAAAGAAACACUGUUUGACAAAGCCAGAAAAGGAUAUGCUGCGAGAAUAACUGGAGAGCAAACGAAAGUUCCAACUUUUGGUUUCUACACGACAUCAAAAAUCUCAGUUGAUAAACUACAUUCCGCACUUGAGAUGGGAUGGGCUCUUAAAACAACAAGGAGUAGAACCCAGUUUACAGAAGAACAAAGAAAGUUCCUCACAGAACAGUUUCUUAUCGGGGAGGAGUGUGGUAAAAAGGCAGAUCCACAACAGGUAUCGCAAGAAAUGCGAAGAGUGAGGGACGAAAAGGCUGCUCGUAUUUUCAGUGGAAAGGAUAUUCUUUCGCCACAGCAGGUGGCAGGAUUCUUCUCAAGACUGGCAGCAAGGAUUCGAAAAACGUCAGCAACAUCGAACGAAGAAAGUGGAAGUGAAGACGAAGAGCAGAGUGCAGUCGAGGCAGAGGCCUUACAUUCGCACCUAAAGGAAGUUGUCAGAGAAGAAAUUGCUUUACGUCACCCCAUUGUCGCCCUUUCCCGUAACAUUUGCAGUUUGGUUCAUACAAAGAAAUUAUCUACCUUAACAGUUGCAGUGCUAAGGGACAUUUGUGAAGAUAUUGGCUUAAACGUGGAUGAUAUCACGGAAAAACGAAAAAAGCCACUCAUAAGUCGUAUUACGCAGGUCGUUAAGGAGUGCUCUUGUGCUCGAGUGUAA